AUGGUUGAGCGACUCGACAAGAACAAGAAUGUAGACGAGGACAACGCGUUGGAUCAGAAGACGGAGGAGAGCGAAGGUGUUGGGCUAUGCGGGGAACGGCGCGACCGAGAGGACGCGCAGAAGCAGGAAGAACACCAGUCCUACCUGCACACAGAAGACUGUGGAAUGGUCGGGUUCAGCAGAUAUCUUUGA